GUGUUACAGUGUUUGUGUUCAUUUUGUAAUUUGUGUCAUGAAAAAGUGAGUCAUUUAUUUCCAUAACUUCUGGGUCCAUAUAUUCAGUUAACUCAUCAAUUCUUGAGAAAACUAAACAUGUUUGGCGGUGGUAAGAAGAAGAAAUCGAAUGCUGAGGCCCAACAACCCACGGGACAAAACUCUGACUUGUUUGACCUAUCUCAUCUGAGUGGGUUAGUGGGUUUGCCAGGUCAAGAUCAGGCUGAAGAUGAUUCUGCAUUAGAGGCUGAGCUCGCAGCCUUAAUGGCCGACGACAGCUCAACACCACACACAUCUAAACAACCGCCUCGCAAGAAAGUGCCUUUGUCUCAGAUUGAUCAACUAGCUGCAGAAGCGAUGAAGAGCGUUGAAGACGAUGAGGUGACGGAAGAUGACAUGGAAAACCCUGACCUUUUGGCUGAAUUAGCGCUGCUAUCUCAAGAAGAUGACACGGAUACCUUGAGGCCAUCCCCUCAGGCAUCCUCCAGAGUUUCCCCAAGACCUUCCCCAAGGCCAUCUCCAAGACCUUCUCCUCAACCUUCACCAAGGAGCUCUCCAAACCCACAGAGAAAGUCCGAGACUAACUUGCAGGCCGUCAUUGAAGAACGACUCAGCAAUUACCAACUAGCUGUGAAGAAUGCAGAGGUCGCUGGGGAAAGUUCAAAGGUCAGGCGGUAUGGGAGGGGUUUGAAGACAUUAAAAGACAUGGAUAAAAAACUCAAGCGAGGAGUGAAAAUCGACGAGUCAGAAAUCCCUCCUGUGGUUGCUGUCGGUCGGUCACAUCCUUCAACAUCUUCAGCCCCAGAACCUGCUCCACCUCCCAAACAGAGUGAAGUGGUCCAGCCACCCACUAGCUCCAUUGAAACGACAAGCACAAGCCAUUCACCAAAGAGGGAUCGUUCUCCAGUAGGGGAUUCGCAAAUGAUGACGUUGAAACAAAGACAGCGAGAGUACAAAGUGGCAGCAUUAGAAGCCAAACACGCUGGUAAUCUUCAGGUUGCUGCAAAUCAUCUCAGAGUGGCCAAGCAAUUUGACUCUGUUAUUCAAGCCCUAGAAAAGGGAGAUGAAGUUGAUUUGAGCGGAAUGCCGCCUCCUCCAUCGUCAGCCCCUCAAGAUGAACCAAUGAGAGUUCCUCCGGCCAAACAGCUGAAGAUUCAAGCACCUGAAAUUGAUGUCUCGGUCCCAGCUGGAAGCAGUGAGGUAGCCCCACCCCCCUCCUCCUCCUCCUCCUCAGAUCCACCUGUACCUAGAAACACACUUGAGGCGCUACAGCAGCGUUGUGGAAGCUACAAGGUGUUGUUGGAUAAGGCAACCACUGAAGGGAAUGCGAGUAAAUGCCGGAGGCUUGGAAGGAUUACAAAGAGUUAUCAAGAUGCUAUAAAGAAGGAGAAAGCAGGCCGACCUGUGGACUAUGAGGAGCUGCCAUCACUACCAGGAUUCCAUCCGAUACCCCCAAGGGGUGCAGCUCCUAGAGCCCCUGGCCAGCCUUCCCAAGGACAGCCUUCUGCAGGACAGCCUCUACCAGGCCAGCCUCGUCCAGGGCAGCAAUCUCCAGCCAAGGCAUCUCCAGGUCAGCGAUCCCCUGGCCAGCCAUCCCCAGGCCAGUCUGCCGACCAGACAACACCAAAAGCAGCUGCAGCCUCUCCAAGAGCCAAUUACCCUGUGCUUUCAAGACCCCCUUCAGCAAAAGAAGCUCAGAAUCUGAAGAACAUGAGGAUUCUUUUGGAGCGACAGAAACAGUUUAAGAUACUUGCCAUAAAAGCGAAGAAAGAAGGCGAUAUGGAUGAAGCUAUGAGAUUUCUAAAAGAAGCCAAGGGAUUUGAUUCUAUGAUAACAGCGAGCGAAAACGGACUACCAGUCAAUAUGGACACGAUCCCAGAUCUACCAUUGCAGCGACAAAGCUCGGAUGAUUUUGAGGUUGUUUCUCCGACCGAUGUACCAAAUAUCCCAGCAGAAGUCUUGGCAGACAAAGGGCAGCUAUACACUCGGCUUAUUACCUGCCUCGAGAAACAAAUACAGAUUUGUGCCACCAAUGAGAAGCAGUACUUACAACUGGGCAAUCUUUCUACAUCAAAAAAGUUUGGUGAUAUGAGACAGAGUUGUCAGCAAGAUUUGGAUCUUUUGAAAGUGGCUCGUUCUCACUCGGACCCUGUACCAAGGUUUCACUUUGAGUCCAGAACCAUUCCAACAAUCAGAGUUUGUCCAGAUUUGACGGAUACUGAAGUUGAAGUCACUGUUGUAAGAGGAACCCAAUACAAACUGCCAUCAGGAGAGAAGGAUUUGGACACCUUUGUCAAGUAUGAGUUUCCAUACCCAAGUGAUGAGCCACAAUGCGAGAAGACGGGAUGGGGGAAGGGGUUUGAAACUGUAGAGUAUAACGAUGCUUGCAAACUGCAAAUCCAACGGAAUAGAACAUUCUCAUCUUGUGUUAAGAGGAGAUCCGUCAAAUUUGAAGUAUAUUAUGGAAGAGGAUUUUUGCGCAGUGACAAACUCUUAGCUCAAGCGAGUCUGAAGUUAGCUGAUCUAGAAACCAAAUGUGAGAUCCAUGAGAGUUUACCAUUACUGGAGGGUCGGAAAGCCACAGGGGGAAAACUAGAGGUCAAAGUUCGGAUACAUCAUCCCCUAAGUGGCGUGAAGGAAGAUCAAACUAAAGAGAAGUGGCUGGUGAUUAACAGUGCACACAAAAAACGGAUUCCUGCGUCAAAUCCAAGUUCCCUUCAUGUACAUGUAUCACCAAAGCAGCCAUCUCAACAGGGAGCGUCUACCUCAACGUCGCCCAAAAAGAGUGUAUCUCAGGCUGAAAGUUUAGCUGUCCUAAGCUGGGAGUCGACUCAACUGAAGAAAAAGAUUGCUGAGUUGCAAGCCCAGAGGAGACCCGUCCCGAAUGAAUUAGUCGCACAACAAAAAGCCUCCUUACAGAAGAUUCACAAGUUGCAGACAUUCUUGAAGGAGGGAGGCCGACAAGCAAAACAAGCAUAUGUCUCUAGACUUCAGGCUUCCCUUCCUACCUACACGGCCCAAGCUAAGCAAACUUUGUUAGCAGGAAACAAAGACAAAGCUGGAGUCCUUAUGGCUAAGAAGAAACUGGUUGAGACUGAGAUUGCUUCACUAUCAAAGUGACAUCGAUGUUCCAGCCAGAUUUGAAUGUUUAUACCUUGUGACUCACUGUCAGGUUUUCAAUAUUUAUAACUUGUGUUUUUUGUAUAAUGGUUUGAGAUAGAGUCUACUUUGCUCUGCGGUCUCAAGCCAAAUUAAUGUCUCAGUUGCUAAUUGAAACUAUAGCUGCCAAUAAUAAGGACGUUCAUGUGUAAAACCCUUAAAGCCAUUGGACACUUUCGGUAAACAGUAUUGUCCAAGGCCCACACUUCGUGUAUCACAACUUAUAU